AAUGAAGAUGAUAAUACGAUAAAUUGUGAAGAUACUCAGCAUAAGAAUGUAAUAGCAGAUAACAGAUUUCAGUUGAUAAAUGAAGAUCCUCAAAGAAGAGAAAGUGAUUUAAGAUAUGUUGCUAUCAUAUUGAAAAGAAUAAUGACUGUAUUUAGAGAUGUAUAUUG